AUGGAGGUUUCGAAGGUUGAGGAACGGCCGGCGGUCGAAGUGAGGAACGGCCGGGCGUCGAAGGUGGAGGAAGGCCGGGCGUCGAUCGACAGUGAGGGAACGAGGAGUCGAAGCGAUGGGAACGGCGGCGCGUCGAAGGUGAGGGAACGCAGGAGGUCGAAGCGUGAGGAACGAGGGAGGUCGAAAGGUGAGGAACGGCCGGGCGGUCGAAGUGAGGGACGAGAGGUCGAAGACGAUGAGCAUUUAAAAUUCUGCUGUCGCAGCUGUUCUUCACAAAGGCCAACAAUUCUUAGCCUCGUGUGGUAUGGCAAGGUAGUGAUUGAACUCGUUCCUCAAUUGACGAUGGAGCGCAUGCUCUAUCUUACAAGAAUCACACGUGCUGGUGAUUUUGACACCACACCUGCACCAUCCUCUGUGAUGUCCAUGUUAGGCACAAAAUGCAUUGACAAGAACUACAAGAACACUCAGUGGUACUGGAGUCGCGGAAAGCAGCCGUGCAAAAGCAUUGGUGACUUCGACAGCCCCAUCGUUGAGGAGCAGAUGAUCAGUGCCAAUCACAUCAUCUUCAGUUUCCAGAUUCCUAUUCCUAAGGAUGGCUAUCCCCUGGACUAUUCCCGCUGGCAACAGAACCUAAUUGCAAUGCUGCAUCUGGAUAUUCUCUAUGAUGAUGAGGAUGAAGUGGCACCAGAUGCCGUGAUGACCCUAGAUGCUCGCUUGGGCUACAGCAAUCGGGGCGAUCCAGAGGGACAGUGGACAGAAUAUGCCUCGUCUGUUGAGCAGCGGCAUUUAGACUGUUGUAUUGAACAGAAAAAGCCAGGUUACAUGUAUAAUUGCUCGCAUGUGCCACUCUUUGAACUGGGAUCUCUACACCAUGACUUCUAUCUCUUGAAUGUCCGUCUGCCAGUGGACAUGUUAGAUACAUCCGAAAAAACUGGUAUGAACACAAAACUCGGCCACAUCAAUGACAUGUGGGUUGCGUUCAUCCACCAAAAUGGAGGGUUCACCAAAGUGUGGGUGUCCCUCAAGACCAUCUUCUUCCCGAUUAUCGUGGCCAUCAUGGUCUGGUUCUGGCGUCGCAUCUCGCAGCUUUCCCGUCCACCAGCACUCUUAGAGUACAUGCUGAUGGUGCUCGGUGCUGCUCUCACACUACUGAAUUGUCCACUGGAGUACCUGACCUUAGCAUUCGACUGCCCGUGGAUGACUGUGGUCAGUGACAUCAGGCAGGGACUUUUCUAUGCCUCCCUGCUCUCAUUUUGGCUUAUCUUUGCUGGUGAACAUCUGAUGAUUGCGGAUGACAUUGAGCGUAACCGCAUUCGUGUCUAUUGGCGUCACCUGAGUGCUGUCCUCGGAGGGUGUCUGUGUCUCUUCAUCUUCGAUAUGUGCGAACGUGGAGUGCAGCUGCGCAAUCCCUUCUAUUCCAUCUGGGCAACAGAAAUCGGAACUAACUUGGCUCUGGCCUUUAUUAUCUUGGCAGGCGUUUGCGCUGGUCUCUACUUCUGCUUCCUCUCAUACAUGAUAUGGAAGGUGUUCAUGAACAUAAGCAGCAAACGCCAGUCACUCCCAGCGAUGUCUUCAGCACGUCGGCUUCACUAUGAAGGCAUUAUUUACCGUUUUAAGGUCUUGAUGCUUGCAACUCUUCUGUGUGCAGCAAUGACUGUGAUUGGGUUUAUCCUUGGACAGGUUUCGGAGGGACAGUGGACCUGGGACGAGAACAUCAAGCUGGAAUACACAAGUGGCUUCUUUACGGGGGUUUAUGGCAUGUGGAACAUUUACACCUUCGCUCUCAUUUGCCUCUAUGCUCCUUCACACAAGCGCUGGCCAAAGGAUCAAAACUGGCCCAUAUCAGACUCCUGUGGUCUAGCCUCAAUUCACGGAGCACUUUUGGCACGAGAUACGCAGAGUAGCACAGGGGAGGAGAUCGAAUUCAGUCGCCUGGCCACAGAACCAUCAGAAAUGUCAUCCCUUACUGCCUUCACCAAGAAGUCCGCUACUGACUAAAAAGAAUGGUUGACAGUCACAGCAUUAUAUGAAAAUACUCAGAAUCUUGGAAUCUCCAUGAUGAAUAUCACUUAUGUGUGUAGAUGUACUAUUGUCUGCCUCUUCAAAGCUUUUUGUGUGACAAAUAAGCACUUUUCUGUAAGAUUUUUAAAAGUACCUGAAUGCUAUGACACAGUUUUUCACAUCUCUAAUCAGCACAACACAGCUUACGCUAUUCACAAUAUCAGCAGUUGACUUUUUAAUAUUCUACUUUUCUUUCUCUUUAUUUUAAAUGUCAUUGGGUCAUCAUUUAAAAAUGUACAGAGAACUCAUUGUAAAAUGUCACUUUUUCAAGGGUAUGGAUUGCAUCAGUGGUAUUAUAAAAGUGUAUUGAUCAUUAGCUUCCUGAAUGCCUGCUUUUGGAAGAUUUGAAUGAGCUGAUACACAGGAUCAAGUAACAAAGAGUAUCGUCCAUAUAAUAAAUUUUUAUAGAGUAAAAGAGACUCCAUUUCAUAAAACACUUGAUUGCUUUUUCCUGUAUAUCACCAAAAUUCAUGUUCAGAUUAUGCCUAAGUUAAGGCUAGGGACCUCUUUUAAGUAUUAAUGUCAGAUAGAUUCUCUCUAUUAAAAUCUUAGUAUUAGUGUCUGUAUUUGGUGUUUUAGAUAAUGUAAAAGAUGCUAAUGCUGUAGUACUAGUGUUUGAUAUGUACUUUGUGAUGUGUAGUGACCAUAUUAUUUUCAACCUUUCUUAUCUCAAUAUAUGUUGUGUUGACCUUGACCACCCAUUUUUUAAAACUAAUGUAUAAUUUGAAGCGAUUGAUAUCAUCUUUUGGGAGGGAAGAAGAUCGAGACUUGAAGUAAGUAACAUAAGGGGAAAAGCCUCUUUUCAGGUUGUUGAUUUUAAGGCACAAACCAAUCAAAACUGCAGGUACAUUACAAGGGAGUGCCACAUUAAGAUAGUUCUGCAAGGGAGUGACACACUAAGGUAGUUCUAUAAAAUGGCUACCUCAGGUUUUCUUCCUGGAGUACAAUUAGAGGCAUCCAUUGAUUCUAAAAAUUGAAGAUGGUAUCAGGCGACUUCUGUUCUGUGUCAAAUGAGUUCAGACCAAAUGUUUGAAUGGCAGCUUACAACACUGGACAGCUUGAUUAUGUCUUGUAUUUAUUUUUCUUCAAUAAUGUAUAUAUUCCAUGUUCUAAAUAUCUUAAGUAGAAUGACUUUUAAGAGAAGAGUUCCUUUAUAGAAGUAGAUAAAAUUUGGAAACACAUUUAUUCAAAAAAUGAAUCAUAUAAUUAAUAAUCAGAUUGAUAAAUAUUAUAUAAAUUUUGUAAUUAAAAUGGAAAUAAUAAUAAAUACAUUAAAGGAUCGGGAAAAAGAAUAAACAAGAAAAAUGAGUCAGUGUAUCUUAAAGCUAGGAUUAUUGGUCUUUAUACCAAAGCUAUGAGACCUGGAUAUCAAGAUAAAAAGAUAUUUUAAUUACUCUACAUUCAUUUUCAGUGCAAAUUAAGGUGCCAACAAAAGUAUGGGAAUCUAUAUUGCUCUUUAUUAAGUAAUUUACCCAGUCAUUGCUAGAAACUGGCAUUUUUUCCCUCAAUAUUUGAAGUUUCAGUUAAUCAUUGUAUUACACUGAGAAUUUAUUUUCAUUGGAGGUUGAGAAAAAGGCAGCUGAAAAAUACUAAAAAUGUGCCAUUCAUAUUUAAGGCUGUAAAUAGACUGGGAAGUACCCUCAAAGGGAGAAACCAUAUAUAGAUACUAAAGCACACCUCUUUAUUGCAAACUUAGCACAACUGUUCAGACAGCACUUUUUUCAGGAAAAAAAAACACACUUCUAGAGAGCAGCUAGCAACUUCAAAAUCAUAAAGUGAAGAUUAUUUUCGGCGUUACUGAAUGUUAGCCAGCUUCGUCGCAGAUGCUUUACAUUUCUCAUAGAUAGUUACAAUAGUCAUCUUUGUAGGUCUUCCACUUUUUAAUUUUUAGUAAAUAGUUUGAAUACUUUUGAUAAUUUAUGUAAAUGCACAUGCAUGACUCAUUAUUUACCUACUUAAUGUCUGUUUUACAGGCUGGGCAGUUCUGUCGUGUUAGUUUUAAUAUUGAUAUUUUUGUCAUAUUUAUAUGCAUUGAUUUAAAAGUGUUUUAUGUUAAUAAAGUGUAGUUCUUUUUUA